UCGGGCACCGUCCGCGUGCUCCUCUGCUUCUCGGUCUUCGCGCGGCCCUCGUCCGUGCGGCAGGGCGCGGGCUACCGGCUGCUCGUCCAGAAGCUCCUUAGCCUGUGCGGCGGCCAGCUCGACGUGCACCGCGAAUUCGUGGUGCAGCUCUUCGCGGAGGAGUGGGGCCAGUACGUGGACCUGCCCAAGGGCUUCGGGUGAGCGAGCAGCAAGGUGUGCCUCCUGCCGCCGCACAUCCAGCUCACUACCCUGGGAAAUCUUAUUCCUUCAAGCACUGUGUUUUUCUGGUGUGACAUGCAGGAAAGGUUCAGACCAGCCAUCAAGGCCAUCAAGUAUUUUGGGGAUAUUAUUAAUGUGGGACAAAGAUUAUUACAAGGGGCCCGGAUUUUAGGAAUUCCGGUUAUUGUAACAGAACAGCACCCUAAAGGUCUCGGAAGCACGGUUCAAGAAAUUGAUUUAACAGGUGUAAAACUGGUACUUGCAAAGACCAAGUCUUCAGUGAUAUUGCCAGAAGUAGAAGCGGCAUUAGCAGAGAUGCCUGGAGUCAGGAGUGUUGUUUGGAGUAGAAAUAAGUACCUGUUAUGUUUUGGACAUAAUAUCAUUUGUAGAAAACUUGAUAUUUCCAGAAUGCAGUUUUGA